AAAAAGAAGGAGAGGAAGAGAGCUAGAGGUAUCUCUCCGAUUGUUUUUGACAGAAGUGGCAGUUCUGCAUCAGAAUCGUAUGCAGGUUCAGAAAAGAAGCAUGAGAAAUUAUCAUCUUCCGUUCGUGCUGUCCAAAAAGACCAAACAAGUAAACUUAAAUACAUUCUCCAAGAUGCAAGAUUCUUUCUCAUCAAGAGUAAUAACCAUGAAAACGUAUCACUUGCUAAAGCAAAGGGAGUAUGGUCGACACUUCCAGUGAAUGAAAAGAAGCUUAAUGCUGCAUUUAGAUCAGCAAGGAGUGUUAUUUUGAUAUUUUCUGUAAGAGAGAGUGGCAAAUUCCAAGGAUUUGCAAGACUGUCUUCAGAGUCCCAUCAUGGAGGAUCACCUAUACACUGGGUGCUGCCUGCAGGAAUGAAUGCAAAAAUGUUGGGAGGUGUCUUUAAAAUUGACUGGAUUUGCAGGCGUGAAUUGCCCUUCACUAAGUCUGCUCACCUGACCAAUCCUUGGAACGAACAUAAGCCAGUAAAGAUUGGACGCGAUGGACAGGAAAUUGAGCCGGAAUGUGGAACCCAACUUUGUCUUCUCUUCCCUCCUGAUGAAAGUAUUGACUUGUAUCAAGUCAUUCAUAAAAUGAGGCACAAGAGAAGAAUGCACUCACAACCCCGAUCAAGAGGACGCCCAUCCCGUCGAGACCCCGUGCGGGACGUGGGAAGGCGUCGACCAGAAGAUUAUGAUAUUCAUAACAGCAGAAAGAAACCAAGGAUUGACUAUCCCCCUGAGUUUCACCAAAGACCAGGGUAUAUAAAGGACCCCAGAUAUCCCGAAGUAGACAGACGAUUUUCAGGAGUUCGACGAGAUGUAUUUUUAAAUGGGUCCUACAAUGAUUACGUGAGGGAAUUCCACAACAUGGGACCACCACCACCAUGGCAAGGAAUGCCACCAUAUCCAGGUAUGGAGCAGCCACCACACCACCCUUAUUAUCAGCACCAUGCACCUCCACCUCAAGCUCACCCUCCAUACUCAGGACAUCAUCCUGUACCACAUGAAGCACGAUACAGGGACAAACGAGUACACGACUACGACAUGAGAGUAGACGACUUUCUUCGCCGCACGCAAGCAGUUGUCAGCGGUCGGAGAAGCAGGCCUCGGGAGAGGGACCGCGAGCGGGAACGGGACCGUCCCAGAGAUAAUAGAAGAGACAGAGAACGCGACAGAGGCCGUGAUCGGGAAAGGGAGAGGGAGAGGAUUUGUGACCGGGACAGAGACAGAGGUGAAAGAGUUUCACAUCGUUCCGUGGGAGAAUGCUGCUAUCAAGUAUGCAAAUAUUGAAGUAUGAUUUUUUUUGACUGUAUGGCAGUGUUGUAGCAGCCUUUUUUUUUUUUUCUUCUCUUCCCUACCCCAUUUUUUAACCCUAUCUGUAAAGUCAAGUGUUUUUUCAGUCAUCAGGAAUGAAAGCAAUAUUAAGACACUAUUGAUAUCUAAUUUUUAACCUUUUUUAAAAAUCUUCCCGUGUUCAGUAACAUUUUGGUCAAUUCUCUUGUCUAGUCUCCUUCCAAAAUGUACACAUUGCUUGGAAUGUUCACAACCUGCGUGUGUGGAACCAGGAAAUAUUGCUGUAUUCUACAUUGCUACCUUUUUUUUUUUUUUUUUUAAAUAUAAGAAUAAAUUGGUAACUAUUGAAA